GCAUCGCAGUUUCCAAGUCAUCAGAAGUUCGACAAGGCCAUUCCAUCAUCCUCAGUGUGGCAAAAUUUAGCAGAGCUUGAACGAAUAUCCAUCCAGAACGUCUCCAAAGAACAAAAAGAGCUUCUGAGGCAGAGCGAUAUUCCACCAUCGCUUUGGCCGUAUGUGAAUAUCACAGCUGUAGAGCAACGCGAGAGGAAACGAAAAACGAGUAGUAAUGACGUGAACAGAGAUGAAAACGACGCUGACAUGCUUGAUGAUAAUCAGGUUCUACCCAAUACAGUACAGAAUGAUGGGAAGAAGAUAGUCAUCACCAUAACCGAAGAGGCAGGAAGGAAGCUGUUACAGCAUUGGGCUGACCAGGCAUUGUCUGGAAUCAUGGCAGCUGUGGCAAAUAACAAGCUCAAAAGUAUUGGAUAUACGGAAAAAAUAGCGCAUAAGAAAUGCAAUAAAGGAGCUACAUCUGUGGUGGCACAUGCAAAGUGUGUAGUGGCGCUGUUAGAUGCAGAAACGAAAUACCGACGAUGGUCAAGGAGGUUUGGGAAGAGCGGCAACAGAGGAGAACGGAUCAAAGCGCUUAGAGCAAAGUUGGCUAAGUUGUCCAGAACGAACCGUGGAGAGCAAGAAUUUUUAGGGAGAAAACUUCUCAGAAGAAUUUUGCAGAAGCAAGGCGGAAAGUGGAUAGGCUCGUUCAAGGUGCGUACCAAACGUUCGGUCUCAAAACAAAAUUCAAUGCAAGUUAAAUCUAUUACAAGAGACAAAUAUGACCUCAUAGAAGAAAGAGUCGAAUCGCCCCUAGGCAUGGUUGCAGAGCGUAUGCUUCGAGCAAUGAGAAGGCUGAAGAACAAGAAAGUUGACGAUUUUAGAUCGUGA